CCCCUAAACUCUCUGGCUUUCUCAAAACCAUUUUCUCUCUCUCUCUCUCUCUCUCUCUGUGUUUCUGAAAAGCAAAAAAAAAAAACAAAAUGGGAAGAAAUGAAGAACUAUACAUAACAGUACCAAAUCUAUUCCGCUGUCCGAUAUCUCUCGACGUAAUGAAGUCUCCCGUUAGUCUCUGCACCGGCGUCACAUACGACCGCUCCAGUAUCCAACACUGGCUGGAGUCCGGUCACGACACCUGUCCCGCCACCAUGCAAGUCCUUUCCUCCAAAGAUAUUAUCCCUAACCUCACUCUCCACCGUCUCAUCAACCUUUGGAACGACCACCACUCCUCCACUCCUCCUCCGGCGACGAUUUUAUCGGAGAAGCAAGUUAGGAUUUGGACUGAGGAGAUUAAGAGCGGAAGAUUUGAAUCCUUGGUCAAGAUUGUUGAGUUCUUGCGUUGUUCUGAUGCGAAGAAACGAUUUCUAGCUGAUUGUGAUUUAUUUAUCGGGUCGUUGGUUUAUACUUUGGCCAAAGAUACCGGAGGUGUAGACAUUGUGGUUAUAGAGUUGAUAAUUAGGGUUCUGGAUUUGAUUUUGCUUCAGAAUGGCGUCAAAGAGAAGCUUCACAGAUUACUCAAUCACAACUGCUUAUCUCCGUUCCUUUUAGUAAUAAAAAACGGCAAUUUGACCUCAAAAAUUGAAUCCAUUAGAGUUUUGGAGUCAAUUUCACUCAGCAACUACCACCAUACACAAACUCUCAUUCCAAUUCUCCUUGACCUGCUUGAAACGCAAAACAAUUCCGUAAACGAUGCUGUUUUGUCAUUCUUGAUAUCUGUAACGGUAACUCGUUCAGUCAAGACUCAACUCGCCCAACUCAAACUCGUCGAGACCAUAUCCAAAAUCCUCUCCAACCAAAACGCAACCGUUUCCGUCAUUGAAAAGUCCAUGAAGUUGUUGUCUAUCGUUGCCACGUGUGCAGAUGGAAGGCUAGCUAUAAGUGAAGACCCCAUGUGCGCGGGGUGUAUAGUGGAGAGAUUAAUGAAAGUGUCAAAAACGGCGACGGAGGAUGGAGUGAUGGUGUUGUGGAGCUUGUGUUGUUUGUUCAAGGAUGAGAGAGUUAAAGAGAAGGUGGUCAAGAGUAAAGGGCUGACUAAGGUCCUGUUAGUUAUGCAAAGUGAAGGUGAUGGGAACAGUGCAAGGAAAAUGUGUGUUGAAUUGGUGAAGGUUUUGAGAGUUGCAGUUAAGGAUAAUGGUGGUGUGGUUAUGUGUUAUGACACUAAGACUACACAUAUUAUGCCUUGUUAAUUAGGUUUUCGUUUUGUUAAUUGGAGGUUAUAAUUUUAGGGAGGAUAGUAAAUUGGGGAUUUUUUUUUUCUUUUGUAUCAAUUAACAUACACACAUACACAAGAAAUGAAAGAGGAUUGGUUCUCUGGUUCUACUGUAAGUUACUGACUUAUGUGAUGUAACUUCUCUAAUGAAAGUUUUACACAAUUGUUUUGACUA